AUUAGAUUGAUGACAUUUCGAAAAUGGUCGCUAUUCCACAUUUAAAUAUUUGACACGGACUGUAUUUGGUCGAACAGACAUUCGAUGUAGAUGAGUUUUUGCAUCAUUUACGUUCUGGUUUUCAGUCCUCAUUAUUUACAAGGAAGAUAAGGUUGCAAAUCGGUAUGUAGUUUGUGUCAUAAAAUAGGUCUACAUUAAUGAAGAAAUAUUUGUCAAGUAGUUAUAUAGUCAUUUUAUGUUCAACGUAAAAGGUGCACUAAAUUCAUCUUGAUGCUAAGGAUCCUCUAUAUUUCUCAGAAUUAUUGAGUACAUCUACUCAACAGUACUGAUGUAGCAGAUCAGUACAGUAGUGCGAAAUUGAGACAGUCUCUCAGUCUUAGGUGAAAUGAUGCAAAGGAAGAUUGUUAAGUGGGUUUCUUUAGCUGUCAGAUGAUUUUUAUGUUAAUGAAGUGUUUUUUUCAAACUGCUGUAUGUAUUGUCGGUUUUGCAAUCUCAACGUUUGGAAGGCAACAAGGAAAUCGCUAGUUUUUGAGAAAAGCAUAUAUUUUCGGGAAGGUCCAAUGGCUUUUUUCAGACUUGUUAGUUAUUUUCCUAGGCCAUCUUAAUAAUGGAAAAUGUGCGAUUUACAAAACUAGAGAAGCAAAGAGAACUUCUUCGCAACAAACAAAGGCAAAAGUAUGCACACCAAGUGUUGUCACUUCAAAAACGUACAGAAAGUGCUGGUAUCAGUAGUUGUAAAGCUAAUAGCUGGAGAGAAAACAAAUCAUCAAGUCAAUCGGCUUUAGGUUUCCCAAUAAAAGGUAGAACUGGUGAAAAUUAUUAUGCAUAUGACGGUCCGCAAUCAUGUGAUACAUCAAACCCUGAUGAUUUUCCUACAAGUGAAGUUCAAGUUAUUCAUGUACUCACAAAACCUACUCCUUUGGGACAACCAAGGUUUGAUCAAACAGUAAGGCGCAAACCAAACUCUGAAGCAAUACAAGAUAAUGGAGUGGAUAGUGAAGAUUACAAAAGUACUGAUAGUCUGAAUAAUCUAACCAUCACACGGUCGAGUACUAUGUUGUCUUCUCUUGACCAAGAUACCUAUCUGGCUUCUACUGAGGAUAGUGAUGGCGAAAAUGAAAUUGCGGAGUCUCACCCUGGUUUUAUGACUCAGAAACAAGUAGUGAAGAUAUCUGACAAUCCCAAUAGUCAUCUUCAUAAGGAUAGUUAUAGCGGAGUCACGAAUUUUACCAAAUACAACAGCGAAAACUCGGAUACUGGUAAUAAUGCGAAUCCUGUUGAGAAGACAAACGCUACUCAGGAGUGUGAAGACUUAAAGUAUGGUGAGGCAACUCAGUCCUUACUUUUAGAUCCAACUAGGAACUUGGAAGAAUUCAUCAUGAAACCUGCUCCUCAGGGUGUGACCAUACGUUGUCGUAUUACACGAGACAAACGAGGUGUCGAUCGUGGAAUUUUUCCAUCAUAUUAUCUUCAUCUUGAAAAAGAAGACUGUAAGUUCUUCUUACUUGCAGCCAGGCGUCGCAAGCGAUCAACAACGAGUAACUAUGUGAUUUCUUGUGAUGCCACUAAUUUAUCUCGUGAUGCAAUUAGUUUUGCCGGGAAACUGCGCUCCAACUUUCUGGGUACUCAUUUUACUGUGUACGGCUGUGAAUCAAAAUCACGAGAUAGUGAAUCCUUAAAUUCAGGGGACAAGGUAAAUGAUUCUGGUUCGAUAACGACAACUACUAAGACACACAAUAUGCUAGAGCUUGCUGCAAUCAUAUACGAUACAAACGUACUGGGUUUCAAAGGACCAAGGAGAAUGACUAUUAUUUUGCCGCGCUUAAGUGCUACUUGUCAGCAUUUUUCAUGUCCUGGAAAUGAUACUACCUGGCUAAUCGACUCAUGGCGGAGAAAAGAUAUGCAGAACGUUCUACAACUACAAAACAAGAAUCCUGUUUGGAAUGAAGGUAAGGCAACAUGUAUAUUGAUUCAUCCUUCAAAACGGUAUUGUCCAAAAAACGGAGCAUAUUUCUUGUUUAUCGUUUACUGGCCGAAAAUAGUACAUUUAAUUCCUUGUUGAAAAUUAAUCGUGAUCCAAGCAAAAACAAACUGUGGUCUGUAAUCAUAAGAACGACUGUACGAUUGGGCAUUCCUGAGAUAUAAUGUUGUACUUUAUGAAUAAUGUUUAUAAAACUUAUUUAUGAAUUCUCUGUCAUAAUACAGUAGUAGUGUAAUGUUGUGAUAAACGCUGUUAACUGGUGUAUUUCAGUCUAUUGUAUACGUGAGAUGAAAUUCAAUGAGUCGUUGACCACCUCAAAUAUAU